AUGUCUAAGCGUCCAACAGACCACCUCAUCCCAUCAGCCAAGAAGCGCUCUGGAGCCCGCCAGCUCAGCCGAGAGGAGCCUCCUUCAGACAGCGAUGAAGAGGUGGUCGCUGGUGAGUUCAGGCGUGCAGACGAGGGGACACUGAAGCAGCGGCGCAUCUUCAAGGCGCGCCGCGGCGCUGCCGCGGCCGUCGCGCCGAGCGCGCCGCCGCCACCGGCUGCAGCGGAGCCGGGCGCCGAUGCCGGGCCGGCCACCACAGCCGCCGCGCCGGCCGCGGCGAGCAAUCCCUUCGCGGGCAUCUCCCUGACUGCGCCUGCUGCCGGAGGGAACCCCUUUGCAGGCGUGUCGCUUGUAGCGCCUGCUGCCUCCAUGCCAGCCGCUGCGCCAGAGACUGCAAAGGAGGAGCCGGCAAAGGAGGAGGCAGCAGCCGCAGCGGCAGAGGAUGGGAAGACCGGGAAGGCAGAACAACCAGAGCCGGUGGCUGAAGCAAAGGAGGAAGGGGAGAAGCUUAGUGAGAAGGAGGCGGACGGUGCAGCAGCCAAGACAUCUGGGGAGGCAGAGGGGGCAGAGGCUGCAGAGGCCCCAGCAAAGAAGGAAGGCGAGACAGAGACGCCCGAGAAGCCGGGCGGCAGCAGCGCGUUUGCGACAUUCGCAUCGGCGAGCGGCUCCGGCUUUGGCGGUCUCGCGAGCGGCACCGCGGCCGCGGGCAACGGCUUUGGCGGAUUCAGCGCCUCGGGGGGUUUUGGCGCGCUCGGGAACGGAUCCUCUUUUGGCGCGCUCGGUUCCACCGGAGCGGCGCCUGCGUUUGGCACCGCCGAGGCCAGCACGCCAGCUUCCACCAGCUUCUCCUUCAACACAGGUGCCAGCACAGGAUCGAGCUUCACCUUCUCCACGACUCCGGCAGCUGCGAGCAGCUUCCCCAGUGUCCAGAAUAUAUUUGGUGCAAACAACCUCCCGGCAUCUUCGGUCUUUGGUGGCGGGCAGGAAACGCGGCCGGCGGUGUUGCCUCUGCCGGAGGCCGAGCCUCAGCGGGUGACUGGGGAGGAAGAGGAGCGCUGUGUCUUCUCAGGCGACGGCGUGCUGUUCGAGUUCAUCGACGCGCAGUGGCGCGAGCGCGGCCGGGGCGAGCUGAGGGUGAAUGUGGCGGGUGGGGGGCAGGCUCGAUUAGUCAUGCGCCAGCGUGGCAACCUGCGCCUGCUGCUCAACGCCAACCUCUUCCCGGGCAUGAAGCUCACUCCCAUGGACGGCGGCAAGGGCACUACGUUUGCCUGCGUGAAUGCCGCAGCGAAUUCAGAUGCCACACCUGCAAAGAAGGACGAAGAAGGCAAGGAGGGUGGGGUAACAGCAAGCGGCCACCUUGGCACAUUUGCUUUCAGGGUGAAGGUGCCAGGCAAGCUGGAGGAAUUAUUGGCAACAGCGCAGUCGCACAUUCCAGCAGCAGAUGCUCAGGCCCCUGGCAACGAAAACAAUGUCUGA